GGGCCCUCCCUGUCCUUCCGGUGAAGUGGGGCUCUGGAACUUUCCUCUCCCUGCUCCCCCAGCUCUGGGAGGCGGGGCCAGGCUGCUGAGAGCUUAAGUCAGCCCAUCUGCACCCUUGGCCCUGUGAUGCCCCCUCUGCACCCCCAGCCUACUUCCCUAGCAGCCCUGGAGCAGAGAACCUCCAAAGGACGAAAAGCUGGUCUAGUGGUUGUGAACGUUAUUCUGGGUGGACGUGACGGAAGUCAGCCUGCUUGAUGCUCGCUGGGGGCCCCCAAAGGGCAGCCAGGGCCCGUGGAUUGCAGCCAGCCUGGCGGGGUGUCCUCCUGACCCCCAGGGGCCUCCAUCGGACUAGCUGAAGCUUCAUACCUCCCUCGGACCAUCCUGCCCUCUGCUCUUCCCCACACACACACACCCGCCCUGAGGUGUCUGUUCCUCUGCUGGUCCCCCUGGCCAACUCAGGGCGGGGGACCUGAGGCCAAGUGGGCAGGACCUGAGCAGCACUGUGCCCCGCAAGCCGGGCCCCUCCCCAGCAGCCUGCAUGCUUGACCUUCCUGCUUCUCAUCACCCACACGGUGAUAGGAUGUGGGCCAGGUGGGCGGGGAGCAGCAACCCCUUGGACUACCCCGAGGCCCAGCGCAAGGCCCCCCAGUCUGCUGGUGCGGCGCCGGGAGGCGCAGCUCUGAGCCGCUCUGAGCUGUGCUCUCUGCCUCGUCCCCCACAUCCCAGCCUCGAGCUGAAGCCCGCCCUUCUCUUCCAGGUUCCAACGCACUUCUUGGGUCCCUCCGGGUCUCUCUGCCCAGUACAGAGCUUGGCAGAUGUUUCCCCGAUGAACUGGUCAUUCGGCUAAACUGUGGGCAGGUGAACGGGGGCGCAGAGGGUCGGCACUCUCCUGCCCUCAGGAAGCUCUGGGCUCGUCCUGGAGGUUCCCCCACACACUCAGCCCUCACUCAGACAUACUAGACUGCUGCGGGGUGGGAGGGGGUGGGCAGAGUUCCCAGCUGGGGGAGGGCAGGGAGGAAGCCUUCCCAGGUGAAGCAGCUUGAAGACCUGGGGAGGAGAGACGGGACUGGCCCCCAGCAGACGGAAGGAUGCUUGGCUCUGGCUGCAGGGGGCAGGGUCCGGUCACCCAGACCCCUACAGGGACAUCCUGCUGGCCCCGAUGGGGUCCCUUUUCUCUUGUCCCGGGCGCUCUUUGGUGGUAGCCUGUCCCAUCCCCACCAGCUCACCCAGCUCCCCUGGCAGUGACUGUUCGCCCCGUCAUGCCAGCAACUGAAGGGACACGGGUCUGGAGAGCAGACCCCACACCCCACGCACAAUGGAAAGACCCUCUUACUUAGCCCUGCCCCUGCUCUCAGUGCUCUGAGAACAAUCUGCGAGGCAUCCAGGGCCUCACGCGCCCGCUGCACAAACCCCAGCUUCCAGAACACCCGCUGUGCCUCCACGGGACUGAGACAAGGAACUUUAGCUCUUGGGAACCUCAGUUUCCUCAUCUGUAAUGGGGCAUCACAGCCACCCCGCCGGGGUGUGGUGAGGAAGAGGGGCUAACUAGGGGGCAGGUGCAUAAACCAUGUGCAGUCCCUGGUAAGCCUUCACCCGCAUGCCAGCGUCCUCCUAGGAGAAGCAUCUAGAGCCGCCCGGUAAAUGGGUCAGUCCAUGCCAGCGCACGUUAGCUGCGGGCGUUCCUAAGUGCCUGGCGCUGUGCUCAGCGGACUCCUCCUGACAACUACGGGACAGUGGUUGUCCCUGGGCCACUCAGCAAUGAGGAAGCCGGGGCUCAGAGAGGUGAAGUCACUUGCUUGAAGUCACACAGCUGAGCCCUGGAGGAACUGGCAUUCGAACCCAGGAUUGUUUUCCUCUCUCAGCCCUGGACUCUUAAUCCACUGCCCCCAAGUCCCGUGGCCCCGGGGGUAGAGUCUGAGGACACACACCCCCUGCCGGCUGGCCACCUUCCUCCUUUACCUGUGGUACCAUGCCCAGGGGGCAGUCCCCAGUCCUCGAGAGCUGAGUGCGAGCAGGCAGGGCGGACGCUCCAGGGACGAUGGGGACGGGGCGGGGACAGGGCGGGCAAACCGGUCGGGCGGCUGGCACCGGCGGGGCCUCUCUCCAGUGGGGCCUGUGCCGGUGAGGCUGGCGCAGCAGCUCGGCAGGGCCGGCGGGGAGCUGGGGCCGAGAGGCUGCCAUCAGGUAGGUCCGCGGGACCCUGGGUGAGGGGUGGGCGGGCAGGGGGCCCCAACCCUCACUGAGCCCCAACUCCUCACCUUUCCUCUGCCCCUCAGCGUCGCUUGCCUCCCCCCACCAGCAUCCUUCUCUCGCUUCUGCUUUCGACUCUUCACAGUUUCAGCCCGUGCGCCCUGUCUCGCCCUGAGCCUGCUAAGGCUCUACCCCAUGUGUCCCAUCCUGAUUGAAUGUGUUCCCCCGGAAUUCCGCUCCCCACUCCCGCCCUCAUUCAGGCCCUAGAUGCACCAGCCCCGAAAUUUCAGUCACUCGGUGGCGAUGGUGGCGGCUCGGGGGCUCCCUGCUCUCCCCGCGCUGGUUACGCGUCCUGUCCUGCGGCGCCAGCCCACACCUCCCACAGCGCACCCCCCAAUACCUGGUGGUCCCCUGAGUUUACUCCACCACCCCUGGGCUCCCGUGUUUCCCCACAUCUGCUUGGCACCUCCAUUGUCCAGGCCUCUUGGAAACUCCCGGGGGCUCUCAAACACCCAAUCACCAACCUGGGAAAUCUCACACACCCUGAAUUAGCCCCCAGCACCCCCAUAACCCUUCUCCGUUCUCCCCCAUCUAGCUGCGCUGGGGGUCCUGGUCACUCACUUUUACUCUGAAGAGCACCGCCACCCCACCUGGUGACCCAGGACCCCAACAUCAGGGACGGGGUCUCUCACCUGUCCCAGGUCACAUCCCGGGGGUGGGCUCUAUCCGGCCAGCACCCGUGCGGGGCACUGAGUCCACUCUCACCCUCCCCUGGAGCAGGUCCCCGCCGCCGCCGCCAUGCACAAACACUACACCGUCCGCUUCGCCAAGGGCACCCUGCCCCUUCGGACCCCCACUGAGGGCUACUUCUUGGACCCAGAGUUGGGGCAGCAAAAAGGAUGCCGUCACCAGUGGUGCCAUGACCCAGCGGCCCUUCGCGCCCACGGGCCCUGUCGGCUGCCCCCACAGGUGUGCUGGCAGCUGGCCUACCACAGCCACCGGGGGGGUGUCAGCGGCUGCCGCCAGGGCCCCCAGCCCCCCAGCCUGCAGCAGCAGUGGCAGCCCCAGCCCCCGCCUCCCAGCCCCCUGCGGCAGCGGCUCUGCUCCGGUCCAGGGGCCCGGAAGGGGCCACCUGCAACCGCUGCGGCCUCCAGGCAGCCGGCCAACGCCCCCCAGCUGCCCCCCGAGCCCAUCAUCUCGCCCCCCGCGGCACCUGCCAUGGCCAGCAGCGGCCCGGCCCCACGCUCUGCAGCUGGCACCCUCCUGGAGCCCAGCAGACACCCUGCCGCCCGCCCCCUGCCUGCCCCAGCGGCCUGUGGCCCCUUCACCUACAGCUCUGAUAUCCUGACAGAAGAUGAUGUCUACUGCAGCUGUCUGGCCAAGACACUCUGCCACGUGCCUGUCCCUGUGACCGUGGGUUUCUACGCCCCCUUUGGCUGCCGCCUGCACAUGAUGCUGGACAAGAUCACCGCGCUGAUGCAGCAGGAGGCGGCCCAGCGGGAGGCAGAGGAGCUGCGGCGCGUGCGGUGGCAGCCGCGGCCCGUGCGCGGCUGGGGCUUCCCGCGGCUGCUCUGGUACCUGGUGUUCCUGCAGCCCGUCAUCACCGAGCUGCACCUGCGCCGCAAGAACGUCAAGUUCCUCUUCAUCCGCUUCAGCGCCUGGCAGUACGCGGGCACGGACAAGCUGUGGGCCGGCCUGGUGACCACGCUGUGCGAGGGCAUCCGCCACCACUACGGCGCGCUGCCCUUCAGCGUGUACUCGGUGCUGGGCAACAAGCCGGCCGCCACGCCGGGCUUCUGCCAGCGCGAGUGGCACUGCCGGCGCCGCGUGUGCCUGGCGCUGCUGGCGCUGCUGGCGGCGCUCAGCCUCGGCGUGGGCCUGCUCUACCUGUCGGUGGGCGCCCGCGCCCCGGGCCAUGGCGCCGCCGGCGGCAGCCUGCUGCGGGUGUUCGGCGGCGCGGCCACCACGCUGUCGGGCUCGGGGCUGCUCAUGGCCGUGUACUCGGUGGGCAAGCACCUGUUCGUGAGCCAGCGCAAGAAGAUCGAGCGGCUGGUGUCGCGCGAGAAGUUCGGCAGCCAGCUGGGCUUCAUGUGCGAGGUGAAGAAGGAGGUGGAGCUGCUCACGGACUUCCUGUGCUUCCUGGAGAUCUACCAGCGGCGGCGGCUGCGCGUCGUGCUCGAGGUCACCGGGCUGGACACGUGCUACCCGGAGCGCGUGGUGGGCGUGCUCAACGCCAUCAACACGCUGCUGUCCGACAGCCACGCGCCCUUCAUCUUCAUCCUGGUGGUGGACCCCAGCAUCCUGGCCGCGUGCCUCGAGAGCGCCGGCUCCAUGAAGGGCACGGCGGACAACGGCUACCUCUUCCUCAACCGCACCGUCACGCUGCCCUUCUCCGUGCCCAUCAUGGGCCGCCGCACCAAGCUGCAGUUCCUGCACGACGCUGUGCAGAGCCGCGACGACCUGCUCUACCGCGAGAUGACGCGCAAGCUGCGGCCGGGCGGCGCAGGGGGCGGCGGGGGCGGCAGGGGCGGCCGCGGCGAGGGCGCGCAGCUCCUGGCCGUGGAGACGCAGGCGGCUAGCGAGCGCGCGCAGAGCCGCAUAGACGCCCAGGCUGCGCGCCGCAUCCAGGAGGCGCUCUUCUGCCUGCACGACGAGCGCGACUGCCUCUAUGAGUACGUGCCCGACAACGUGGUGUCCAUGCGGCGCAUCGUCAACACCGUGCCCAUCACCGUGCGCCUGCUGCAGCAGCAGGACGGGGACUUCGCGGGCCCCACGCCGCGACAGGCGGUGGCUUGGGUCGUGCUGGCCAACCAGUGGCCGUGCCGCCUCAGCUGGGUGCUGCAGUGCCUGGAGGACCGGCAGCAGGCGGGGGGCGCGCCCGAGGCCGGAGCGCGCCUCUGGAACGUGUUCUGCGACAACAGCCGCGAGCUGCACUCCAUGACCAAGGCGUUGCAGAACGUGCUGGACUUGGACGGUGACCCCGAGCUUUUCGAACGCUUCCUGGGCUCCGACUUCCCUUUCACCGUGGCCGAGGCACAGACCCUGCUGCGCUGCACCGUGAAUCUGGACCACUCCAUCCGCCGCCGCAUGGGCCUCAUCCGGGCGGUCAGUGCGCUCAAGCCGCCCAGCCCGCCCAAGUCCCCCGCCCACGAAGGCCCCCACGAUGCCGGCGGAGCCAACCAUGUCCCCGGAGCCAACCAUGCCCCCGGGGCCUUCCGGUCAGGUCAGGGCUCUGGGCAUGUGCCAGCGCAUGCUGGCGAAGCCCACCAGCCCUGGGACCAGGGGCAUGGAGGCAAGUCAAGACCCGUGGCCUGAGAACCCUUACAGCCCAGGUGGGCCUUGAAAGAGUUCCCCAGGAGCAGCGGGAGGGAACCGCUGCUCCAUCUACCCGGACGAGGGGGCAAGGGGGUCUGCAGGGAGGCCAGUGGUGGCCACCCCCACCCCCUCCGGGUGAACCUGUGAGCCACAGAGAGCUGUUCGUGGUUGCAGCGAACAGAGCCAGCAUCGGAGAGCUAGUGCCAGAGGACCAGUGAAGAACCCCGGGUUCAAGUGCAAUAAAUGGAGAUGUGAAAGCCCCUGCUGGUCUCCAUGUCCUGGGCUCCCUGGCCUGGCAGGGACUGGGAAGCAGCCCCGCCCCAUCCCGCCAAGCCCUGUCACCCCCAGGGAGUCAGGCAGCUUUAGCAGGCGGUCCCAUUGCUGGCCUCCCUGGUGGCAGGAGGCGUUGCGGGGGUGGUGGGUGAGGCCACUGAGGCCGGGUUGACUCAGGCAAUGGAGAGCGCCUAGGCCUCAGGGGAUCUAGGUCCUUGUCCCCACGCCCUGGCCUGCCCCAGUGCAGGCAGGGCAGGAGCUGGCAUUUCUGAGGGUAGUGUCCCGGUGACCUCAGCAGGUUGCUCCACUCGAGGGGUGGCUCCGGUCUGGUGUGAUGAAUUAAUUAGGGCUCGCUGACAGCUCUGCUUCACGGGCCAGGGAUGGCCUCCAAGCGGACCCAGGGCGGAGAGCUGGCCUGUGACUUCCGUGGGGGCGGCCAGCUUAGCUGCAUGGCCAAGCCGGUGGGACAAACCUGCACCCACCUGGAGAGGUUCUCCAAUGGCAGCGGGGGGGCCUGCCCAAGAACAAUGCCCUUCAGAGACACGUGGUCCCCGUGACAGGUUGGUGUCUACAGGCGUCCUAUUGGGGCCGGUUAAGUCCCUUCCCUUUGGCCUCCCUUCAGCCCAUUUGGCUCGGGCUUCCGUUUCUCACCACCUCCAGUCCAGGCCAACAGACUAGCAGCAGGCAUAGGCAGGCGCUAACUAGCCAGCAGACGGCUGUGGGCCGGGAGCAUGGCUGUGGACCCCAGGCCCCCGGGAGGAGCGUGGAAAUACCAUCUCCCAUGCUGCGGCACAGAGAUCUUUACAUCUAGCCCAGUCACAGAAUGGAUGCAGUGUCUUCACAAGCUCCAGGGCUGUCUGG